UGCUGUGUUUCUGUGUUGUGUGCUGCAGGUUUGCUGGUGGGCGCGUUGGACACAGUGUUGGACUCGAAUGCGCGUGUGGCCCCGUUCCGGAUCGUUCUGCAUGUUCCCGGGUCGCAGGUCAGCUGGAUCAUAGCCAGUGGAGCCACGAUAGAGGAGGUGCAGAAACACUGGAAAUGGCUGGAUCAGAACCUGCUGCCGUACAUGGCCGUGUUUGAGAAUAAAGAAGACGCUGCCAGUUUUGUACAUGGCAAAGUGAAAGGUUUAAUCGCUGAGGAGGUUUUGGGCAGUCAGGCUGCUCGGGAAGAUGAUCCGACACGCUUUCGGGAAGAUCUGGCGCGAUUCGAGCAGCGCUUCGGCCUCCCUCAGCGAGAGAAACUGGUGACGCAUUACUCCUGCUGCUGCUGGAAGGGCCGCGUGCCGCGCCAGGGCUCGCUGUACCUCACCACCAACCACAUCGCCUUCUACUCCUUCCUACUGGGCAAAGAGGUGAAGCUGUUAGUUCCGUGGGCCGAAGUGACGGGGCUGGAACGCGUGUCGGUGGGUUUGCUGACGGACGUGAUCCGCGUUCACACGAGACGGAAACAGAGGGACUUCUCCAUGUUUCUGAACGUGGACGAGGUGAUGAGGGUCAUGUGUCAGCUGGCUGAUAUCGCCCUCCGCAGGCUGCUGGACAGCGGCGGACUCACGCUCGACCAGUCGCUGCAGGAGUCCACCAACAUCACCAAGAGGGUGUUGGAGGAACAGGCCCUCAGGCAGUACGUGCUCUCUCUCUUUGGCUUGCCGCGGGCCGAGAGUCUGCAGGAAGUGAUGUCGUGCUCGAUUUGGACUCCUCACGCCCGCUGCCACACUCCAGGCACGGUCUACACCACAGACGGGUAUCUGUGCUUCAGCAGCCGUGAGGAGGGCCAGUGUACUCUCAUCAUACCCCUCGCAGAGAUCCUGUCCAUUGAGAAGGCCGAGAGCACCAGCGCUCUUCCUAACCCCGUCAUCAUUAGCGUCCGCUGUAAACGAGCAUUCCAGCUCAUCGAGCUGCUCCGUCGGGACGAGCUGGUGGAGAACGUCAGGGACCGACUGCGCGCUCUGCACUGGAAACAGACCAUGAUCCGUGAACACGACCAGCGCAAGAAAUCCACCAUCUCCGCCACACCAUACUACACCUUCUGUUACGACACCGUCCAAUCAGACGAAGAGGACAGCAGCGUCAUCAUCUCUGAUAAAGCACUACGUCACACCGUCCACACGGACGACAUGUCCACAUUCCACCCCAGCCAAUCAGACGCACAGAACAAGACCAGUAACAUGGAAAAAGUUCGAGAACGAUUGUGGGACGAUCACUUCACCGAGUUCGGUCGCGGCGUUCACAUGUUCCGCACGGAUAAAAUCCGUAAGCUGGUGGCGCUGGGGAUCCCCGAGUCUCUGCGUGGAGAGCUGUGGCUCAACUUCUCCGACUCGUGCUCCUCACUGGCAGCUCAUCCGAACUACUACGCGGAUCUGCUGGAGAAAUGCAGGGGGGAAACGAGCAUCGCUACAGAGGAGAUCGAGCGAGAUCUGCACCGCUCGCUUCCGGAGCAUCCGGCCUUCCAGAACGAGACGGGAAUCUCAGCCCUGCGCCGCGUCCUGACCGCAUACGCCUACAGAAACCCCGCCAUCGGAUACUGUCAGUCCAUGAACAUCCUGGCGUCCGUGAUGCUGCUGUACACUAAAGAGGAGGAGGCGUUCUGGCUGCUGGUCACGGUGUGUGAGCGGAUGCUGCCCGACUACUUCAACCGCAGGGUCAUCGGAGCUCAGGUGGAUCAGUCGGUGUUUGAGGAGCUGAUCCGCGAGCGUCUGCCGGAGCUGACCGAGCGCGUGCCUGACCUCUCUCCGCUGGCGUCGGCGUCGUUAACGUGGUUCCUGACGCUGUUCGUCAACGUCCUGCCCUUCCGCAGCGCGCUGUGUGUCCUCGACUGCUUCUUCUACCAGGGCAUCAGGGCCAUCUUCCAGAUCGCGCUGGCGGUGCUGGACGCUAACGCGACCGAGCUGAGCACGUGCAGCGACGACGGACACGCGCUCAUGAUACUGUCCAGUUUCCUGGAGCAGGUCAGACACGAAGAGGAGUCACACGUUUGUCCUGAAGAUGCAGGAGCUUCUGCUCAUCUGAACAUCACCACGCUCAUCACUGAUGCGUAUGAGAAAUUCGGCGGUGUGACGGUGAAGCAUGUGGAGAUGUUGCGCUCCCGUCACCGGGUUCAGGUCCUGCAGGCGCAUGAGGACACCACCAAAGACAACGCCCUGCGGUUAGUCACACCUGAAGUGUCUCUGUCGCAGGAAGACCUGUCGGAGCUCUACGACCUCUUCAAGACGGAGCACUUCAUCAGUCUGUACUGGGGUGAUGGAGUCUGCACCUCCUCCUCCGCGCCUCCUCGUCCUCCUCCUCGUGCGGCGGCGGGCAGCUCUACUGAGCGCUAUGUGGUGGAUCGGGCUCAGUUCAAGAGCCUGUAUGAGCUGCUGACGCCGUGGAACUGCGGGACGCACACGGACACCGUCGCCCAGCGCGCCUUCACCCUGCUGGACCAGGACAGAGACAGCCUCGUCACCUUCUCUCAGUUCGCUCAGAUGCUGGACGUUCUGUACUGUGAGGAGCUGAAUGAGAAGAUACGGCUGCUGUAUCGACUGCACAUCCCACCAGCUCUGAGUGAGGACGCAGAAGACUCGUCUCCUCUGAAGAGUCCAGUGUUGUCCAGCACCAGACCUCUCUAUGUCAACCUGCCCAACGGAGAGAGGAAGAGUUAUGAAGAGCAGCUGCAGCAGAUGCUUCAGGACUUGAGCAGAGGGAAGGAGAAGAACGAGGAGAAACCUCUUCCUCACAUGAACCAGCGCGAGUUCAUCCAGUUCUCUAAGACGCUCUACAGCAUGUUUCAGGGCGAUCCGGACGAGGCCGAGCUCUUCCAGGCCAUCGGGAUGGUCACCAGCCUCGUGCUGCAGAUCGGAGAGGCGCGACACCGCGACCGGCCGCCGCCGGAGGGCGAGAGCGAGUCUGACGACGGCUGGUCGGCGAGCUUCGAGCAGAUUCUGGCCUCGUUACUGACCGAGCAGGUGCUGGUCAACUUCCUGGAGCGACCCGUCGAUCUAAGUGCCAAAAUCGGCGCCGCCAAACCGCGUCAGUAUCAGGAGCGCGCCGGUCUGCUGAUGGUCCAGCACGCGGCGGGCAGCUGAUGCUGACGGCGGGGGAGCGGUACAGUGCCUUGACCUAGACCAAACUAAUACUGACGUCUACACAAUCCCACGAUGCCGCUGGGGAGAGCCGGACUCCCCUCAGCCCAAGCUUUAAUGAAGCGAAGCCUCGUGCAGCUGAGCCAUUUCUGUAGUCGAUCUGUUCCUGUUUUAAACAGCAUGUGAGUUUAUGUGUGUGUGUUUUAUCAGUAUUCAAACGCAUUACUCUCACUGAGCGACGUCUGAACACAUGCACGUCUGCAGCGCGCUUUACUUUGCAGAUUUAAAACAAAUGCCAAGUUCAGUCUGACAGGAUUGAACCGUUUACAUGUUACUGACUCGCAUGAAGGAAAUAUUAAUUGCUAUUAUUAUUAGAGCUGUUCCAGGAUCUGAAUGAUUCUGAAUCGUGAGCACCAGAUGAAUCCGAUUCCUGCUGAAAGCUCGGUUACUGUGGCGUUCAGUGCGUUUUAGUCUUAUUUUCCAGUACAGAUUUCUUAACAUCUAUAAAUCAAGAUACAUUUACUGGAGAAGCAAAAUGACAGAAAAUAUUAAAGGUGAAGUUCUCCAAAAAUAGAAAUUUUACAGUUUUCUCACUCAUGUUGAUCCAAACCUGUUUGAGUUUCUUUCUUCUGUUGAACAGAAAUGAAGAGAUCUUGGGAAUCAAACUGUUGGCGGUACCCAUUGACGUCCAUUAUAUGGAAAAAAUAGUAUGGAAGUCAGUGGGGAUCAGAAACUGUUCAGAAUCUCUUCUUUUGUAUUCAGCAGAAUGACAUCUGAGAAAAGAACUGAUAGUUAAAAUCUUACAAUUCUGACUUCAUGACUUAGAAUUUCAAGUUUAUAUCUUGCAUUUCUGACUACUUUUCUCAGAUUUGAGAUAUAAACUCAAAUUUGGACUUUAUAACAUACAAUUGUUUAUCUUGCAGUUCUGAGGAAAAAAGCCGAAUUGAGUCAUGACCUUUUCUUCUCAUACGUUUAUAUCCCACAAUUCUGACUUUCUAACAUGAAAUUGAGUUUAUA